AUGGCUUUCACUUCUCGUUUCCAAGAUUCUCUUACCAGAACUGCACUUCGAGCCUACCUCGCUGAGUUCAUCUCCACUUUCUUCUAUGUCUUCGCUGUGAUCGGCUCCGGCAUGUCUUCCAGGAAGAUGAAGGGAGAAGCAGCAACAGAGGCAGCGAAUCUGGUGGUGGCAGCCAUAGCCAAUAGCUUUGCAUUGUCCUCUGUGGUGUUCAUGGCGUGGGACGUGUCAGGAGGACAUGUGAACCCAGCAGUGACCUUCGCAAGGGUGGUUGGAGGCCAUAUGAACCUAUCAACUGCUCUCUUUUAUUGGAUUUCUCAGAUGAUUGCUUCUGUCAUGGCCUGCCUUCUUCUUAAGAUCACCUUCGUUGGAAUGCAUGUGCCAACGUACACAAUAGCACCACAAAUGACAGGGUUUGGGGCAUCAAUUGUGGAAGGUGUCCUAACAUUUGCAUUAGUGUACACAGUGUAUGCUGCUAGGGACCCUAGGCGUAGUGGUCAACUGGGGCCCACAGGUGCCCUAGCCAUCGGCUUGAUCGUCGGAGCCAAUGUCCUAGCCGCUGGUCCGUUCUCCGGCGGGUCGAUGAACCCUGCUUGUGCCUUCGGCUCAGCCACUAUCGCCGGAACCUUCAAGAAUCAAGCAGUGUACUGGGUUGGACCCCUAAUUGGUGCUGCCGUUGCUGCUCUUGUUUAUGACAGUGUAGGGUAUCCCUCUCAGAAUGCCGAUUCAUUUGUAGAAGCAGAUAGGGUUUGAAGUCAAAGUAAUGUCAAGUUCAAGACAUAUUUAUAU